UGCUCUGUUCUUAUUCGAAUCAGUUUAUUUUCAACGGAAUUUUUUAACGGUCAGAUUGGAUCCUUUAGUAUUUUCAGAUAUUAAAGGUUUUAAAUCACGAUUGACCCAAUUAGAUAUCACUGCUUGUGUUCCAAAUAAUAUAAUAUGGGAUCAUCUGAGAGUAAAAUUAAAUCUAACGAUCAAAAAAGAACACAAAGUAACCCUUCAACGCCGAUUAAAGGUACAAAUUCAAACCCUGUAAUAAUUUCUCACCUAGACCCUCGAUCUCCAACUGAUGACAUAUUUCGAACUCCUAUAGAGAUUCCAGCAGAGAACAAUGAAACCCUUUCAAACUUAAGGCAUACCUUAGACCCCCGUUCACCAACUGAUCAGUUUGAAAGAACUCCCAUCAUUAUCCAAGAGAAUCAGCCACAUCCAAAGAAACUACAUAAUAAAAUAUUAGACAAUGCCAGACGUAACUUAAUUUCAUCAUCAACAAUUUCUCCAAGAACUAAUAAAGAUUGUGAUUCAACUGCAUCAGCAUUAUCUCCACCUAAACUCAUUAGUAGUAUACCAACUUUCAAAAAGUGUAAUGAAAAAAGAAAAUCAUUUGUGGGAUUAUUAGAGACCAAUAUUGAUUUCACAGAAACUAAUUUGGAUGACUUUGUCAAGAAUAAAUCAUUAGAUAAGAGUUUAACCAUAACCAUCAAUGAACUACCCAUGUGUGAUAUUGUCGAACAUAAAGAUUGUGAUCCAAGAUCUCCAAGUAAAGAUUUUCUACGCACCCCAAUAAGGGUUGCUGAGAAGGUUGGUGAAAUUGUUCUCAAUAAUACUGUGACUGAAUGUGAAACAAAAGAAGUUUCUGAAAUAGUAGACUGUGAUUCUACUGAUUGCCUUCUGAAACUAGUUGAUGAAAAUAACGAAGAGAAUAAUGAAAAAUAUGAAGUGACACAGAAUAUCCCAGAAGAAGAAAUACCGGUUCUUAGUCUUCCGAAUAAUGAAGCCAAGUUAAGUAAUGAAAAUGAAGUAUCACAGAACGAUGUUGAAGUUUUCAAUGAAAACAAUGAAGCUUCUUUACCUGAAUAUGUGAGCAAUAAGAUACCUGAAAUAGAAAAUCAAGGUUUUGUUGAUGAAAUAAAUACAGAACAGAAAAUGGCAGAAAUUGUAGAAGAUCUAAUUGGAAAUAUAUCUGUUCUUACAACUGAAGAUUCAAAAAUCGAUAAUCUUGACUCCAAAGAACCUAUCAUUGAUUUAACUGCGGAUGUUCAAGAAUUUGAUAAAAAAUUGACAAAAAUAAUUCAUGAGAACAACGAAAAUUUCUCAUUCAAAAAGAUCAUAUCAAAAGAUUAUCUUAAUGAGAAAUCCAGGAAACGUACUCCUAUGAAGGACAGAAAUCAAAUUUCCGAUUCAAGGAAUAAACUGAAAGUCAGUGACAAACCUAGAAAACUCAGUUAUGAAAGUUGUAGAAUUCCUGUGUUCAAGGGUAAAAAUGGGCUCAAAUCCAAAAUCCAAUGUGAGAACACUCCUCCUACAGAUAUGCCUAUCAGAAGGAAGAAAAAAUCUCAACCAAGGUGGGACUCUGAUAAGACAUUGGUAAUAUAACUGAUUUAGGAAUACUCAUUGUUUUAGUUUGUUUUUGUUGAUCUAUUUAUGUUUUUGAACCAAGUUGAAUUCUUUUUCUACAUGUGUUUGAAGACAAGAAGCAUUUCCUUAAUUUGAUUGAAUAUAGAUAUUGUUACCUGAUAAUUGAUGAGGAUUUUUCCAUUUGUUCAUAUGACUAAAUAUUUUUGUACAUAAGUAUUUAUUAAACAGUGUAUUCUUUCAGUCAUAACACUUCAGUGAGUCUUGUAAAUUGUAGAUUCAUCUGAAGUUUGUAAUAUGAAAGUAUGUUUUGAAUUCAAUAAAUAAAAGAGUUAAAAAU